AGGAAAUCUAGAAACAGGAAGAAAAAAGAAACUGCAGUUUGAAAACCUAACCAGCAUCAUGCUUCAAGCAAUCACACCUGAACGUCAUGAAGAAAUUCAGGUCAAGAGUGAUCAGGCUAGAGCAGAAUGGGAGGAUUUUCAGAACAGUCUGGAAAAAACAAAGAGCCAUUUACAGCAAGUUCUGCAUUUGUGGAAGAAGUAUGAAGAAGAAUUUGAAGCAUUCAGUGCAUGGCUUCGAGACAUGGAAGCUCGAGUGAAAAGUGAGACAUCCCAGCAAGUUGAAAUAGACUCUUUAGAACAACAACUGAAGACAUUAGAGGGUUUACAACAGGAUGUAAAAAAUCAUCAGAAGCCAUUAGAAAAUCUCAUGGAUCUAACUCAAGAAAUCAGUAAGGAAAGUCCAGAGUCUCGUGUGACUAAUCAAGUAACACAACUCAAAACACGAUUUACUGCUUUGGAAAAGGCCCUCCAGAAUGCAGUUGUGAGAGUUAGGGAUUUGAUGAAAACUGAGGAGAGCUAUAAAAGAGCCAAGAGAGACCUCCAAUCCUGGUUAGAUAUAAUGGAAAGAAAACUUGAAUUAUCUGCUGAAGCUAGUGGAGAUCGAGCUCUAUUGGAAGGCAGAUUGGAAACUCUGAAG